GCUACCCGGGCUGCCCAGGCCGAUGGGGACCACCAGCAGAGGUCAGCAGGGGAGGAGACCUCUGGCCCCGGAAUGUGGACCCUUCCCCCAGGGGUGAGGGCCAAGGAGCCCCCAGCCUGCUUUCCCAGCCUCACAGUCUGUCUCCUGGGGGGCUCUAACCUGCACAGACGCCACGCCCCCAUGCCUGCCCGUAGCACCAGACGCCCUGGAGCCUUCUGGGGCACCCCCAGCAGCGGGCCUCCUGCGAGGAAGAGGAGACCUCCAAGCAGGAACUUGCUCGAAGCUCCGGCGGGCGACUGGGUGACCGCUGACUUUCUCACGAGAGAAAAUAAACCCUGGAGCCCAACUGAGGUUAAACUGUGGCUCCCUGCCAGGCGCCGCGAGCGCAGUGGAGGUGCAGGCUGGGGGGACGGGAGAGAAAGAAGGGACAGGAAGCAGCUUAAACAAGUGGCUUGGAAGUGGCUUUGUGCAGCUGAAGCCGAAGCCGGAGGACCUCGCCGAGUGCUGCAGGGGCAGAGCCGAUCUGGGCCCCAUCUCGCUGUCCACAGUGGCCCCAGAGGCGGCGAGAGUGGACGCCUGGGAAGAGCGCCAAUCAGGGAGCAGGCUGGGGUGCAGCUGAGUCAGCACUGCCUGGGGCGGAGUGGGGAGGGCACGGCAGGACUCCUCCCACCCCUUAGCUCCAUCACCCCGCUCCUGCCAGCCUGCCAGCCUGCCCGUGCCCUCCACCACUCCUGGCCCAAGAUCCCCAAAUGGUAAAAGGCAGAAAGGGCAGACGCCUGCUGCAGGAUGCCUCUCGACGGUAUCAAGGACGUGAAAGGAGCCACACGCGAAGGCCACGAAUCACACGGCUCCCCUGCUAGGAAAUGCCCAGGACAGGUAAAGCCAUGGACAGAGGCAGUGGACUCCUGGUUGGAGGGGCCGGAAAG